AUGAUCCGCUUUACUGACCUGAGCACCACCAUGCGCCACGGCAUAGGCCCCAUGGUAUCGGCCGCCCACCCGCCGCCCAUGACGCCCCAGCAACUGCAGGCCCAGCAGCAGGCCGAUAUGCAGAAACGCGAGCUGGCCAAGCGCCAGUCACGCAAGCCCACCGACAGGAACAUGCCCGACGGAAUUGAGGACCUGGUCGUUGGCGAUGGUGUCCAGCGCUACCGCCAGCUGCGCGAGGCUGAACGCAAGCUCGACGCCGUCAUGAUGCGCAAGCGCCUCGACAUCAACGAGAGCAGCGCCCGUAACUUCACCCGCUACCGCACCUUGCGCGUCUGGAUCAGCAAUACUGCCGACAACCAGCCCUGGCAGAACACGAGCAUGGAUCCCGACGCUUUUGAUUUCGGCAGCGAGAGCCAGGCCACCUACCGCGUCAAGAUCGAGGGUCGUCUGCUCGACGAUGACGAGGACCCGGAGGCGGAUAAGGAACAGGUUGAAGAGCAGAAGGACGCAGAUGCCAUGGAGCAGGAUGGCGGCGAUGCGGCGAAGAAGGCUAAGCCGGGGAAGCCUGCGGGAACCCGGCGCACCAAGCUGUCGCAUUUCUUCAAACAGAUCACCAUCAACUUCGACCGCUCGCAGUCCCUCCAGCCUGAUGGCUACACAGCAAUCGAGUGGAAGAAGCCCGAGAAUUCGGCCAAUGCCAACGACUCGGCCGCCAAUUUCGACACGCUGGAGUUCGAGCGCAAGAGCGACGAGAACAUAAAUGUCACCGUCAAUCUUUUCCGCGACGAGAGUCCUGAGCGCUAUAAGCUCAGCCCGCCUCUGGCCGAGCUGCUUGGCACCGAGGAGGAUGACCGCGGUGGAAUUCUUAUGGGUAUCUGGAUCUAUGUCAAAGCCAACGGUCUGCAGGAGGAUGAGGACAGCCGCAAGAUUCGUUGCGAUGCUCAAUUGAAGGCACUCUUCGAGAACAGGGAUUUCAUACCAUUUCCGCAGAUCCCCAAUUUGAUCAUCCACCACCUCUCCCCGCUGCCUCCUUACCAACUACCCUAUACCAUUCGCGUCGACAAAUCCUACAUCGCUCCCGACGACGGCACUCCUGCCUCGCAACCAACCAUCUACGACGUUCGCGUCCCGCUCGACGAUCCGCUCCGUAUCGCAAUGAGCCGCAUCACCACGAACCCGCAAAUGCUCAAUCAAAUUGCCGCGGCGGAUGAGUCUUUGGCGCUCGCGGUGCAGGCAAUCCAGCAUUCGAAGGCCAAGCACGCCUUCUACACAGCUUUCAGCACAGAUCCAGUCAAUUUCGUCAAGCGCUGGAUCAGCUCCCAGCAGCGCGACCUCGACGUCAUUCUCGGUGAUGCGACACGUGGUGGCAACGAGGAUGUUGCGAGCGAGGAGUUCAGGCGUGGCGGAAAAGAAGGAGUCUGGGGCGGAGACCGUGCCUUGGAGAGUGUGGGGCUGUGGCUUGCAAAGGCUGGCAAGACGCAUUAA